GCAAGCACAGUGCCCCUGAGCUGGAAAUGAGCCAGGACGACAGCUCCUGAGGCUGUCUGCUAAGGGCUCCGAGGUCCCCCACUCCAUUCAAAAUGCCGUUUAAAGCGUUUGAUACCUUCAAAGAGAAAAUUCUGAAACCGGGGAAGGAAGGAGUGAAGAAUACCGUGGGAGAGUCGCUGGGGACCUUCCAAAGAAAAAUCGAUGGGACCAAUGAAGAGGAAGAUAACAUUGAGCUGAAUGAAGAAGGAAGGCCCGUGCAAGCACCCAGGACACAUCUCCCAGUCUGUGACUGCAGCUGCUGUGGCAUCCCCAAGCGGUAUAUCAUCGCUAUCAUGAGUGGGCUGGGAUUCUGCAUUUCCUUUGGGAUUCGGUGCAACCUUGGAGUGGCCAUUGUGGAAAUGGUCAACAAUAGCACUGUGUAUGUGGAUGGGAAACCAGAAAUUCAGAUGGCGCAGUUUAACUGGGACCCAGAGACGGUGGGCCUUAUCCAUGGAUCUUUCUUCUGGGGUUAUAUUGUGACACAAAUUCCCGGUGGCUUCAUUUCAAACAAGUUUGCUGCCAACAGGGUCUUUGGAGCUGCCAUCUUCUUGACAUCAACUCUGAACAUAUUCAUCCCUUCUGCAGCCAGGGUACAUUAUGGCUGUGUUAUGUGUGUGAGGAUUUUGCAGGGCCUGGUGGAGGGUGUGACCUACCCAGCUUGCCAUGGGAUGUGGAGUAAGUGGGCACCGCCCCUGGAGAGAAGCCGAUUGGCCACAACUUCUUUUUGUGGUUCCUAUGCUGGGGCAGUCAUUGCCAUGCCACUGGCAGGAGUGUUGGUGCAGUACAUAGGCUGGGCCUCUGUCUUUUACAUUUACGGUAUGUUUGGGAUCAUUUGGUACAUAUUUUGGCUGUUGCAGGCCUAUGAGUGCCCAGCAGCUCACCCCACAAUAUCCAACGCGGAAAGGACCUACAUAGAGACAAGUAUAGGAGAAGGGACCAACUUGGCCAGUCCAAGUAAAUUCAAUACACCAUGGAAAAGGUUCUUCACAUCCUUGCCUGUCUAUGCUAUCAUUGUGGCAAACUUCUGUAGAAGCUGGACCUUUUAUUUGCUCUUAAUAAGUCAGCCUGCCUACUUUGAAGAAGUCUUUGGGUUUGCAAUAAGCAAGGUGGGUCUCUUGUCUGCUGUCCCGCAUAUGGUGAUGACAAUCGUGGUACCCAUUGGAGGACAAUUGGCUGAUUGCUUAAGAAGCAGAAAGAUCUUAACCACAACUGCUGUCCGAAAGAUCAUGAACUGUGGAGGCUUUGGCAUGGAGGCAACGCUGCUUCUGGUGGUCGGCUUUUCCCACACCAAAGGAGUAGCUAUUUCCUUCCUGGUACUCGCUGUGGGAUUCAGUGGCUUUGCUAUUUCAGGUUUUAAUGUCAACCACCUGGACAUUGCCCCACGCUACGCCAGCAUUCUCAUGGGGAUUUCUAAUGGAGUGGGGACCUUGUCUGGGAUGGUCUGCCCCCUCAUUGUCGGAGCAAUGACCAAGCACAAGACCCGUGAGGAAUGGCAGAACGUGUUCCUCAUAGCAGCCCUGGUCCACUACAGUGGCGUCAUCUUCUACGGGGUCUUCGCUUCCGGGGAAAAACAGGACUGGGCUGAUCCAGAGAGUCUCUCUGAGGAGAAAUGUGGAAUCAUCGACCAAGAUGAAUUAGCUGAGGAGACAGAACUCAACCAUGAGGCUAUCAUCAGUCCCAGAAAGAAGAUGUCUUAUGGCGCCACCACUCAGAAUUUCGAGGUCCAGAAGAGUGGGUGGAGAAAACAGAGAGAAGUUGCCUUCGAGGAGGAAGAGGCAUUGUCCUACCAGAAUGAAGAAGGAAACUUCUCGGAAGCAUCCUAA